GAUAUCAUAUCAAAGUUAUUAAAAAAGGAAAAAAAAUCCAGUUUGAAGCACAGAACUGAGAAAAACACAAAAAAAAAGUUACAAGGUGUCAUAUUCGUUAAUGAAUAUACUUGAAAAGUAAAAAAAAAACAAAAAAAGGAGAAAGUGAAUGAUUUAUCAUCAAGGAAGACACGAAGAAAAAGUUGUCCACCAAUAAAAUUAUCACAACCAGCAAAUCCAGUUUCCCAACACAACCGACACCGAUAAUUCUCAAUAUAUCGAGACCGUAAUCAAUCAUCAACAAAAAAAUCCGCUUAUCAAUAAAAAAAAAGUAAAAAGUAACUUAAAAUUUGUUAUCCUUUUGUUGUGUCACUCUCUUUAUAUAUAUUUAUUAUAUACAUCAACGCACUGAUACGCAAAAAAAUAAACAAAAGAUACAUUAUUAAGUGAAACCUGAAGAGCUUGAUCCCAGUAUAAAUUGAAACAUAUUUAUAUAUAUUUGUAAAAUUAGUCCCGUAAGGAAUACAAAAUAAAUAAAAAAAAGUGAAUUAUUAAAAAAAAAUUAUUACAAAUAAAAAAUAAGCAAAAAUGGAGAAAAUGGAAGUCACAAUCCCAUCCAAUUUGAAGCUCUCGGAUGAUCCAUCCGUUACUUUGACAAUCCGGCUUAUCAUGCAGGGAAAGGAAGUUGGCAGUAUCAUUGGCAAAAAGGGUGAAAUUGUAAAAAGAUUUCGAGAAGAGUCUGGAGCCAAAAUAAACAUCUCAGAUGGAUCAUGUCCCGAACGCAUCGUCACUGUAUCCGGCUCGACAUCGGCCAUUUACAAAGCAUUCACAUUAAUCACGAAAAAGUUUGAAGAGUGGUGCUCACAAUUCAACGAUGUGAGCACAUCAAAUGGGAAAACGCAAAUUCCGAUACGUUUAAUUGUACCGGCAAGCCAAUGUGGCUCAUUGAUUGGCAAAGGUGGUGCCAAAAUCAAGGAGAUCAGAGAGGUGACCGGUUGUUCUAUACAAGUGGCAAGUGAAAUGUUGCCAAAUUCAACAGAACGUGCCGUAACAUUGAGUGGAUCCGCCGAGGCAAUUACUCAAUGCAUAUAUCACAUUUGUUGUGUGAUGCUUGAGUCACCACCAAAAGGAGCCACUAUUCCGUACAGACCAAAGCCUGUUAAUGGACCGGUUAUAUUAGCCAAUGGACAGGCAUUCACAAUACAGGGAAAUUAUGCCGUACCGACUCAAGAGACUUGCACAGUAUUUCCACUCGCACUCGCCGGUGGUCUUCCGGGAAUGUCUGGAUUAGCUGAUCCAUUACUAAAAGGAACACAUUUGCAGGGUGCGCUGCCUCCACAUCAUUUACAACAAAUACCUGAUAUGUCUGGUUUGGCCAAGAAUCCGCUUGCCGGACUCGCAGCACUUGGAUUAGCUGGCGCUAUUCCCACCAAUACCGGUGGAUUGAAUCCAACAGCACUGGCUGCCCUAGCUGGAUCUCAAUUGCGUACCGCAAAUAAUCGUAGCCAGCAAGCUACCACGCAAUCUCACGAAAUGACUGUGCCAAAUGACCUGAUCGGGUGCAUAAUUGGCAAGGGUGGCACCAAAAUUGCCGAAAUUCGCCAAAUUUCCGGUGCCAUGAUCCGUAUUUCGAAUUGCGAGGAACGCGAAGGCGGCAACACCGAUCGCACCAUCACAAUUAGCGGCAAUCCCGAUUCGGUUGCCUUAGCUCAAUAUUUGAUCAACAUGAGCGUUGAGCUUCAAAAGGCAAAUUUGGCACAAGAUGCAAGUGCCACGUCGUUGCCUUCCCUACCGGCUGCCCUAACAUCUGUCGCCGCCGCUGCCGCAACAGCUUCCUCCGACGCCACUACUAAUCACACAAAUAACGGCACCACUCCAUCUGGCGGCAACUCCACCAACAACAACAACACACAAAAUAAUAACGCUGGAUCCUCGCCAACCUCGAAUACGUCGACCGUUGUUGCAUCGCUACCGUCCUCGCUUGCGGCCGCGAUCCCACUUGCUCAAUUACUGGCGAAGCCGGGAGCCCUCAAUGCGCUCACAAGCCUUUCGGCACUCGGCGGCUUGACUGAUCUCAUUGGGGGUCUCGCGACACUGACACAACCGCCCGUUCAAACGACGGGAGCGCAUCGGGCAAAACCCGCGCUGAAUAAUGCGCGAAUUUCGCGCGGCACCACUGGAGCUUCAGCUACUUUUGACACGCAAAAUAGCUCGAAAAAAUUUCACGAACGUAGCAAAUUUAAUCCUUAUUGAAGCCCAGCUCCCGAAGUUUUGUAGAAAAAAAAAUUGUGUCAUACAAAAGACUUGUGGUAUUGAUGAAAAAAAAGACAAAUUUACUUAAAAAAAACAUUAUUAUUGAAAAAAUUAGUUAUUUACUCGCAAACGUUUAUCUCAAAGAAAAAAAGUUAAAUUUCUCAUUAAAUUUUAAGUUUUUUUAGACGU